AUGGCACAAACUACAACAAGUCAGAUAUUGGUCUCUGUGAGACCUCCUCGCCCUACGACAACCACGACCUUUCAAUCAUCGUCAGCACGCACAACUGGUACUACUUCAGGACUUUCGUCAUCUUCAUCUUCCACAAGUGCCUCUAUUGUGUCUGUAACGUCUACGACUUCAGUACCAAGCACCACAGUCAGUGAAACCAGUAGCACCCUUACUCAGACCGGAAUCGCUUCAGCAUCUUUACAGCAUACUCCAUUGCCCACAAGCACUCCUGGAGUUUCGGUGUCACCUACGACGAGCACGAGCAUUGCAGCACCAAAUGCCACUUUCCCUUCGGGUUUUUUCGAAUUUUUGUUCCUUCUCUGGGUCGGCUACUUCCUCUUAACGUCAAGAAGGACUUAA